UAUUUGCUUUUGGAUUCCUUGUACAAGAAAUAGUAGUCUUCCAAACAGGGCACUGCAAAUUUCACAUCCCCCACUCUUUCUCUCCCACCAGCACCCUCUGCAAAUCCUUCUCUUUCAUCAUUCUCUCUUUCUUUCUCUCUCUCUCUCUCACACACACAAACACACACGCACAAAACAAUGAGCGGUGUCGUAUUGAGACUGUUCCUUCUCUUCUUCUUCUUCAUAACCUGCACUUUUCUAUUACCAUCUUCAACCUCAGAUUCAGACGAUGAACUCUGUUUAACCCAUUUAAGUGAAUCUUUAGAAGACCCAGAUCAAAAAUUAGUAAACUGGACCAAACCCUUCUUCAAAAACCCAUGCACCGGUUUAAUCUCUCACAUCCAAGGUGUAACCUGUAACAACGGUCGAAUCUAUCAACUCUCCCUUUCCAAAUUAUCUCUUCGCGGUUCAAUUUCACCAUUCCUUUCCAAUUGCACUAAUCUACAAGCCCUAGACCUUUCAUCAAACCUUCUCUCCGGUCCAAUCCCGCCGGAGCUUCAAUCACUAGUCAACCUCGCCGUACUAAACCUCUCUUACAACCGUCUCACCGGAGAAAUCCCACCUCAGCUAGCGUUCUGCGUUUACCUAAACGUAAUCGAUUUUCGAAAUAAUCAUCUCGUCGGACCCAUCCCACAACAAAUCGGAAUCCUAGGACGUCUUUCGGUGUUUGAUGUGUCGAAUAAUCGUCUGUCGGGUUCUAUACCGACUUCUUUAGGUAAUCGGAGUGGAAAUUUGGCUAGGUUUAAUGCGAGCUCGUUUGAAGGAAAUAAGGAACUUUAUGGGUACCCAUUGCCGAAUCAAAAGAGUAAAGGGUUGUCGGUGAUGGUGAUUGUGGGGAUCGGACUUGGAAGUGGGAUUUUGAGUUUGGUUUUGAGUUUUACUGCGGUUUGUAUCUGGUUGAAAAUUACAGAACAGAGGAUGGCUAUGGAAGAAAGCAAGAUGAGUCAAUACAUGCCUGAUUAUUGAUAUAAUGGAAUCAAUUUUUAAUUU